AUAUAAAUAAAACUAUAAAUUAUUUUUUAAGUGUUUUCUGUGAUUUGCAGACUCUUUAACUGCCUGUUGACAUAUUUAUUUAUUCCUUUUUCAUGAUUUAUAUUUACCCUUAAACCUGAAAGAAUUCCUUGUUGCUGAACAUACCAAAAAGUAUUUUGCAACGGACAGCGAAUAAAUUGAUAAAAAUAAUGGAGAAAUUUUUAGAAAUUUUAAAGACGAAUGCGGACUCAUUUAGUUAAUGUUAGCAGCAUUAAAAGAUUUGUAAAAUUCAAAAUUAUUUGCUCUGUGUUUAUUAAUUGUGUUCACUUUAAUCGCGAGGCAGAAAAUAAAAAAUAUAUUUUAGUAAAAAUGAACAGAUCCUUCAUUACAUUACAAACCCAAUAAAGGUAGAUUUAGAAGUUAGGUGAAAACAAGUGAGAGUCUAGAAAAACUUAAAAGCUCUUCAAGUGGAAAACAAUUGAAGGCAACAUCUAUGCAAAUCUUUUAUGGGCUUCUAUUUUUACAAUUUAGGUAUUAAAAUUAGCUCAAUGAAGUGUCAAACUGACGUAAAAUCUAAGUGAACUCGUGCGUUGUGGGCCAUGGCCAAAGCUACGCUGCGUACAAAAUAUGAACUCCGCCCAGAAACUGCCAAUGCAAUGGCAGUCAUGUAAUUAACCAUCCAAAAUAUUCAAAGGCCACCAUUAAGGAUAAGAUAUACGUGUACAAGAUGGUCUAUGGACGCAGCAUUGCUGUUGGCAUCUGCUUUAUGACCGUUGUAGUUGUGCUCUCGGGUCUGAUAUAUUAUCUAAGUUUGGGACCUUGCCCCACGGGCAGCUUCGCGUGCAACAAUGACAUACAGUGCGUGCCGCAGCGUCAAAUGUGCGACAAACAUCUCGACUGCGAGGAUGGCAGCGAUGAGAAUCCGGUCGAGUGUGGCAAUCUUUAUGGCAGCAAGGAGUUAGCCGAUAAAAUUGUGCGUAAUGCGAUUGAAAAGAAGAAGCAGCAGCAACAACAACAGCAGGAGAAUCAACGCCUCAUGAUAGUUACUUCGAAUUCCAGCGCCUGGGAUUCGCCUUCGCUGGCGGGCAGCAGAAAUCAAAGCAUGCCCAUACCCUGUGCUAUCACAACAUAUCCACGACAAUGUCAGUGCGGCGGUGGCACAAUGCUCUACUGUGGCAGGUUUGCCAAGCUGCGACGCUGGCCGCGCAUCAGCGAGGAGGUCACGAAUCUCUUCAUCAUACGCAACAAUGUGACACUGAGAGAAAAUCUAUUUGCCAAUUUGACGCGACUUCAGAAGCUCACGCUCAAACACAACAACAUAUCACGGCUGCCACCGGGCUGCUUUAGCGGCUUGCCGCAUUUGGAACGCCUCGAGCUGGGCCACAAUAAUUUUAGCCAAUUGCCGCAUUUCAUACUCAAAGAUCUGCCAGCGCUGCAGUGGCUGUUCCUGGUUAACAAUCAGCUGCGUUCUUUUCCCAUGGACCACUUGGCCGCUAUGCAUAAGCUGGAGUGGCUCGUCCUGAGCCACAAUCGCCUGACCCUGCGGAAUGAGCAGCUGUCCAAGAGUCCGAAGCUUGUCGAAAUCUUCUUGGAUAACAAUCGCAUCGAGUAUAUUGGCGAGAAAACUUUUGCGCAAUUGGAUAAUUUAGAGCUGCUCGAUCUUCAAUACAACCUCAUCACACACAUACACGUGAAAGCCUUUGCAAAUCUAACAGCCAUUUCAGAUAUCCGGCUCAUUGGCAAUCCCAUUAAGGAAUUAUCUGGCGAAACAUUUCUGUAUAACACACACCUGGAGGCGCUCUCCUUGGCGUAUAUGCCGCUGCCCAUAGACCGAAAUCUAAUGAAGUCCCUUAACGUAUCCUUUUUGAAUCUAACCGGAAUCGAGUUCGAACGCAUCGACUUUGCGGCACUUAAUGAGAUACGGAAUCUUAAGUACAUAGUCUUCGAUCGUUUCUACUACUGUUCCAUGACGCCGCAUGUGCUGAUGUGCAAGCCCAAAUCGGAUGGGGUUAGCUCGUUAAAGGAUCUAUUGAGCAAGCCCUCGCUGCGCCACUCUACCUGGUUCAUGGCAACGCUCUCCAUAGCUGGCAACCUGAUGGUGCUCUGGGGCCGUUUCAUCUAUCGCGAUGAGAAUGUGGCGGUGACCAUGGUCAUAAGAAAUCUGGCGCUGGCCGAUCUGCUGAUGGGCUUCUAUCUGCUUAUCAUUGGCGUUCAGGACUUCCGCUUCAGGGAUGAGUAUCACAAGGUGGCCCGCGAUUGGAUAAGCUCGUGGCAAUGCAAAGCAAUUGGCACGCUGGCGGUGAGCUCCUCGGAGGUGUCCAUGCUCAUAUUGGCCUUUAUGUCGCUGGAACGUUUUCUGCUUAUUGCGGACCCAUUUCGUGGCCAUCGGGCAAUCAGCGUACGCAUCAUUUACUUCUCGCUGCUGUGCAUUUGGGUAACUGGCGUGGGUCUGGCCAUUACGCCCGUGGUCAUCUGGUCGUCCAGCACAACGGACUUCUAUGGCACCCAUUCGGGCACCUGUUUUCCCUUGUUCAUUCACGAGGCCUAUCCCCUGGGCUGGCAGUACUCGGCCUUUGUGUUUCUGGGCGUCAAUUUGCUGCUGCUGCUCAUGAUUGCCCUCUUGUAUACGGCUCUCUUAAUAUCUAUUUGGCGUACUCGCAGCGCCACGCCCCUUUCGCUAUUGGACUGCGAAUUUGCGGUGCGUUUCUUUUUUAUUGUACUCACAGAUGUGCUGUGCUGGGCACCCAUUAUAGCCAUGAAAAUUUGGGUGUUCUUCAAAUAUAAUAUAUCGGAUGAUAUUUAUGCCUGGCUGGUGGUCUUUAUAUUACCGCUUAACUCUGCUGUCAAUCCGCUGCUCUACACCUUUACCACGCCCAAAUAUCGCAAUCAAAUUCUGUUGCGCGGUUGGAAGAAGAUAACGUCAAGGAAACGCACCGAGACGGGACAUGGUAAUGUGGCCAAUACAACAACAGGCACUGCGACGGGCUCCUCACAAAAUCCGGACGAAUAUACCACAGCCACGGGCAUAAAGUCUAUGCCAUUGGCAUUGACGCUAAGCCACUGAAUUGCUGGUCAACCUUACAAAUUUUUUUCGUACUCUUCAUUAUGUCUAAAUACUUUAACCAUAUAUAUGAUAUAUAUGUAUCUAUAUGUGUCUAUAUGUGCAUCCAAGUCAUUGUUAACCAAUCCAACAAAAGCGUGAAAUACAUUUAAUGUGAUAUUUGUAAAA